UUGGUGAAUAACAGUGAUUUUUCGUUAAAUUUUUUUUAACUUUCGCCGAUAUCAGUAUUUUAAAUUUUAAAGGAAUUUCAAUUGGGAUUUUUCUUUUGAUAAAUUCAGACAAAAAAUCAGUGAUGUAAACUAAUCGCCCCAAUACCAGAUAUUUAAAAAGACACGAAAAACACUUAAAGGACAUUUGAUUCCAAAACAAAAGAGAAAAUCCUUUUGCAUAUUUUACUGUGAUAACGAGUAGAAUUUACGCAACGGAAGAAAAUCAAUUUCACUAAAAAUCAUAUUUUCGCUACAAAAUAAUAUUUUGUGAUAGCGAUUCGGUGUGAUUUUUUUGGCCAAAACACAAAUUUAAUAUAUAAAUUUCUUGUGUGAUCGUGACACAUAAAAGGUACGGCCAAAAUUUCGGUGUUUGGAGAAAGAUUGUGUGGUGAUAAAGUUCAGAUCUGAAUCUGCGAAUUUUUCGUUUUGUUUAGCAGCGUUUUGAGCGUAGAGGUGCAUCAUUCAAGUACAAUUUUUAAGUUGAUCCAGUGCGAAUUUUAUUUCAUUUUCACGCAAAACGAUAGCAAUUCUCAUAAAUUGAUUCUAAGUAAAAAUGACAGUUAGUUCAGGAUAUGAAAAUAAAGCUUAUGAUGGCGACAACCCAGUUAAGCCUCCACUGCGUAACACAGAAGAUACCGUAUCGAUCAGAGAAAAAGUGAAGCUCUCACCGUCCGAAAAAUGGAGAAUAUUGAAAAAUGUUGCAGUUUUGUCAUCGGCGUUUAUGAUCCAAUUUACAGCGUUUCAGGGAACGGCUAAUUUGCAAUCUUCAAUCAAUGCCAAAGAUGGUUUAGGAACAGUAUCGUUAAGUGCAAUUUAUGCAGCUAUUGUGGUAUCUUGUAUUUUUAUCCCAACACUUGUGAUUAGACGGCUUACCGUAAAAUGGACAUUAUGUGCCAGUAUGUUGUGCUAUGUCCCCUACAUUGCAUCCCAAUUCUAUCCAAAAUUCUAUACAUUGGUGCCAGCUGGUAUUUUGCUCGGUUUGGGUGCAGCUCCUAUGUGGGCAUCAAAAGCCACUUAUCUAACCCAGUGCGGUCAAGUUUAUGCUAAGAUAACGGAUCAAGCUGUCGAUGCAAUUAUUGUGCGAUUCUUUGGAUUCUUCUUCUUGGCCUGGCAAACGGCCGAAUUGUGGGGAAAUUUGAUCAGCAGUUUGGUUUUGUCAAGCGGAGCUCAUGGUGGUGGUGGCAGUGGAAAUCAUACAUUCAGCGAAGCUGCUUUAGCUCAAUGCGGUGCAAAUUUCUGUGUUAUUGCUUCAGCUGAAAAUGCGAAUCUCGAACGUCCACCAGAUUCAGAAAUUUUUGAAAUCACAACCAUCUAUCUAGCAUGUAUUAUUGGUGCCGUUAUUGUUAUCGGACUACUUUUGGAUCCAUUGUCACGAUAUGGUGAAAAACGUAAGGGAUCAGAAUCAGCAAAAGAAUUAUCGGGAGUUGCUUUGUUGUCGGCCACAAUGAACCAGUGCAAAAAAGCCAAUCAACAACUCUUGGUUCCCAUAACUGUUUGGAUUGGUAUGGAACAAGCCUUCAUUGGAGCUGAUUUUACACAAGCAUAUGUGUCUUGUGCUAUGGGAAUCCACAGUAUUGGUUAUGUGAUGAUCUGUUUCGGUGUUGUUAAUGCUAUUUGUUCAAUUAUCUUUGGUUCAAUUAUGAAAUAUAUUGGACGAAUUCCAAUUAUUGCUCUCGGUACAAUUGUUCACGGAUCUAUUGUAAUUGUGAUGCUUUUCUGGCGUCCACAUCCAGAAAGUCCUUUGGUCUUCUUUGCAAUUGCUGGUUUGUGGGGUGUGGGAGAUGCUGUAUGGCAAACACAAAUUAACGGUCUCUAUGGAAUGUUGUUCAGACGUAACAAGGAAGCUGCUUUCUCAAACUAUCGGCUGUGGGAAUCGGCUGGAUUCGUUAUCGCAUACGCUUAUUCAACUACAUUAUGUGCGCGUACAAAACUAUAUGUAUUGUUUGGCAAUUUAGUUUUAGGUGUUAUUGGAUACAUUAUUGUUGAAAUCCGUCACAGACGAAAGGAACGUAGACUUAAGAAACAAGAACGAAAGGAGAAGGCUGCCCGAGAAGCAGAAGCUGCUAAACAAGAAAUUGAAGAGACCGACGACGAAAAAGAUGAUCUUGAAGAAGAUAUUGAAGUUACACAUUUCUAGAGUAUUUACAAGCAAUUUUAGAUACAGUGUAAUAUCAUUAGUAAAAUAUAUGAAUUAAACAACACAAAAAACAAGCAAUCAACAAAUUAA